AGGCCUCUCUGCAAGGUGUGUCUUUAGCUCACCCCACAGUUUGGGCUCCUCAGGGAGGAGGGGCUGGAGCCCUGGUCCACCACAAGCAAGAUGUUCUUCAGGCUGCUCCUGGCUCUCGGCUUUUUCCCUUCCAUUCAAGUAACAGGUAUAACAGCAAGCCAGAUUUUGGUGAAGCAGUCGCCUCUGCUUGUGGUACAUGGCAAUGCAGUCAACCUUACCUGCAACCACACCCACAAUAUCUUCUCAAAGGAAUUCCGGGCCUCUGUUUAUAAAGGAGUGGAUAGUGCCAUGGAAGUUUGUGUUGUGAAUGGAAAUUUCUCUCACCAUCCUCGGUUUCAUUCCAGUACAGGAUUUAACUGUGAUGGGAAACUGGGCAAUGAAACGGUGACAUUCUACCUCAAGAAUUUAUCUGUUAGCCAAACAGACAUCUACUUCUGCAAAAUUGAAGUCAUGUAUCCUCCUCCUUACAUAGACAAUCAGAAGAGCAAUGGAACCAUUAUUCACGUGAUAGAUAAACUUCAUUGUCCACCUUGCCUGUCUCCUGAACCUUCUAAGUUAUUUUGGACACUGGUGGUAGUCGGUGGAGUCCUGACCUUCUAUAGUUUGCUGAUAACAAUGAUUCUUUUUACUUACUGGGUGAAACUGAAGAACAACAGGAUGCUUCAGAGUGAUUACAUGAAUAUGACCCCUAGGAGACUAGGGCCCACUCGAAAGCACUACCAACCUUAUGCUCCUGCACGUGACUUUGCGGCCUACCGCUCCUGACAUGGACGCCUAUCCAGAUGCCAGCCGGCUGGCACCUCUUCACCUACUCAACACCACUGCUCUGGAUAGGAAAGGAUUGCCUUGACUUCAGCCAGCCAUGUCGAGCCUGUCAGGCAACCAAUACGCAGUUCUCUUGAACAACUAGACUACGUAACGUCAUGUUGAGACUCUUAAACAAAAUUGAAGAGUAUCACUGUGGCAAGAUAUAUCUUAGAGUGCCAUGACCCAAAUUCAAAUUUGUCAUGUAUUUAUUGACUUAACUGGGAAGUUAGGUGGAAAACAAACUGAGUGGAUUCUGUUAGCCUUGUGAUCUGCUUCAGUUUCACUGCUCUCUCAAAUUUACCUGCACAUUUUUUUAUUGUAUGUGUGUGUGUGUGUGUGUGUCAAGUGAACCAUGAAAACAAAGGACUUUUAGAUGGAGAAGAAAGGUGGUUAGGAAAUUAUUACUUAUGGUAAGUGGGGGAUAGGGGUGGGGAUAGAUUAGAGUGGGCAGGAUAGGAAGACAAACUUAACAAACCAUGAAAACACUGUCUCUCACUCAUGAAAUGAGCCAUUCAGUUCCUAUUUAAUGCUGUUUUCCUUUAAGCUUAGAAAAAGUAGAUGUUGUAUUUGAUGAACUUUGGUUGUAUUUAGUCAUUUUGACCAGUGGAUCCCCUUCAAAGCAAUGCAAGGCAAACCAAACUUGCUUUUCUCAAUCCCUGUGAUGAGCAGCCAGUGUAGUCAUCACAGCAUGCUUUCAAAAAAAAGAAAAUGGUUCUCCUGACACACCAUGGAAGAACGUGUCAGGAAAUAAGGCCACUUGCCGUCAACCCCAUUUGCAUAUGAUACAGUAUGUUCCAGUCAAAUUAUACAGAAGCCUUUCUGUUCCUUAUACUUCAGCUCUCUAUCUUGUCUUUGUGGAGACCUGAGGAAGCCUGCUGAAAGUGCAGCCACAGGAGAAGUGAUGAUACUGUUAAAAAGCACUCUUAGCCUUCUUUAUGCUACAGAGUUGUGAUGAAUCCAAGAAACUUUACCAGAAGGGAGAACAGAAGGGGAUAAUGUGGUUUGUGCUCUGUGCUGAGGUGGUGGCCAUCAUCAGGUAGAAGUUUUCUAGAAAACUACAGGCAGAAGGAGUCCUGUGGAGACUUUAUAGGAACUUGGUGUACUUCCGGGUUCAGAACUCUAGAACUCUGGGUUGGACUGCCUAUUUAUCCUGGAGGUCUAUCAACACAGCAGAGUGCUCUGGAUUUUAUUGUUAUUAUUAUUAUUAUUUUAGAAGACAACAUUCUCAAGAUACCUGCCAAGCUCUGACUGUGAAAUGACCAUGGAUAUCUUUCUGCUUCCAAUUGGGGUCAACAGGAUUAUGCUCAGGCACCUUGGAGAAAAACUCUGCUGUUGCUUUUACAAUUUGUUCAGCAUUUCAAUAUACUUCUGUAUUAGAUGAGCCUGGGUUUUAGAAGCAGGUAGACUUGGUUCAUGUUCGUGUCCCAUUACUAAAUAGCUUUAUGCAAGUCUUGCUAAGACUGUGGUUCUUCCAUGAUACAAUGGGGAUAAUGAUCACAACUAUUUUAGCUCUAUAUAAUAAUGUCAACGAGGACAUGCCCUAAUUCUGUUUUCUGCUUGUACCUUGACACUUCCUACUUGGCCUGACAUAUGUUACCCAUCGUUAUUACUGUCCUCUCCUUAUACAAAUUAUAUACAAAAUCAAAGUGGGGAAGACAUGAGGGGGAAAAAAGAAUAUUGUAAGGCAAAUUAAAACCUGCUGCCCAGGAAUGAGGUGCUAUUCAAUAUGAGGAUCUCUUAACAUCAGCCAUUUUCCUGUUUCCUAGAAUAUUUGAGUUUAUAAUGAAAUGUAUUCUACGUCCCUCCUUUUACUUAUACAAAGAGGAUUUCUAAGACUUUUUUGUAGUGUACAACUGGAUAGGUAUCCUAUGAUUCCAUACAAAAUGUACUGACUUUGAUUGAUUUUUAAGUGAGCUUCCAUCUGAUGGAUUUAAUUAACUUAAAACAGAUAAAACUCAGCAGCAUUUGGGUGAUGGAGAGCUAUUGAAUGUAUGCGGGCCCUUGUACUACCCUGCCAAUCUCUUGGCACAUUAGAGUUCUUAAAUCUAGGUUAUCAGAUUGAAUAUGAAGAUUAGAUAGAGUUGGAGAAUUUUUGGAAAGGGCAAUUACAAAAAGUAAGCAAGUAAAUAAAAAUGACUUGAUCUUUGGUAAUAGGUGGUCUUGUUUUCUGACGGGAAAAUUAGAUUUACAACAGAUGAAUCACACUCUAGAUUUUUCUUACUCACCCUGAACAGAGCCAAAGUAGAAAUGUUAACAGGGAAGUCCAUUUUCACUAUUAGUGUGAACCAAGAAGUCGUUUAAAAACAGUGGUUGGAGCAGCUCUUUUACAGUUUCAGAAGUGGCAGUCUUGAAGAAAACAAUGCAAUUUGCUGCUAUAUUGUAAUAGUCUUAUAAUCAAUAGUAUUUCUAUCAUUUUGUUUCAUUGUGAGCUCACUUCUUUUGGGUUGAGCAUUUCAAGUUGUAGAGCCUAAGUGUACAUUAUGUUCUGUAGAAGAAGUUAUAGAAUUAACUGAACUGCCAUGUGUCUGUUAAAAACUGCUUUAAUAUUG